AUGGCCGGGCCGGCGGGGCUUUUCCCACGUGCGCCGCAGACGGGGUUCGCCUGGCUUUGCGCCCUGGCCGCCGUCGGGGCGGCGGCGCUGGGGGUGGCGGCCUGGCGUCGACGGCGGGCUGGUGGAGAGCUGGUGCGGGUGGGGACGGUGUCGGAGCUCCUCAUCUACCCGGUCAAGUCCUGCCGAGGGGUGUCCGUGCAGCAGGCGGAAGUGACCCGGCUGGGCCUCCGCCGAGGGGACCUUCGCGACAGGUGUUGGACUGUGAUCAAGCAAGACGGACGUAUGCUAUCUGCUAAGCAGGAACCUCGCUUGGUGCUAGUUUCUGUAACCUGUGAAUCUGGCUAUUUAAAUUUAAGUGCUCCAGGAAUGAACACACUGAGUAUUCCUGUCGAAGUACCCAGAACAAAUUCCAUCUGCAAUUGCAGGCGCUUUGGAAUCCAUGCUGAAGGCAGGGACUGUGGAGAUGAAGCAGCUCAGUGGAUCACAACCUUCCUGAACUCAGAGCCUUACAGACUGGUCCAUUAUGAAAAAGAUAUGAAAACAAGGAAACCGGUUGGUUUCCUACCUCUUUUCCAACCUACAGAUGAGGUUGCCUAUGCUGAAGAUCUAAAUGCCCGGUUAGAGGAGAAAAUCAAAAUAACCAGUUUCCGGCCAAAUGUAGUUGUUACAGGUUGUGCUCCUUAUGAAGAGGAUACAUGGGUUGAGCUGUUGAUUGGUCAGGUGAAGUUGCAAGGACGAAUGUCUUGUCCCAGGUGUAUAUUCACAAAGGUUGAUCCAGACACUGGGAUUAUGGAUAAGAAGGAACCACUAAAAACGCUGAAAAGCUACCGCAAGUGUGGUCCUUCUGAACAACAUGCCUUUAAAAAUGAUCCCCCUUUCGGAUGGCUAUAUGGAGUUGAUAAAACUGGAAUAAUCCAAGUUGGAGACCCUGUGCACAAGAUAAUCUACUGA